AUGUCUGCAUCAUCAAGGAAGGCAGAGCGUGCAAUCUAUGGAGCCAUAUUCUGCUUUGCUUUAGGGAAUAGUGGUGAAAAGCUUGCAGAAUAUUUUCUCCAAUGUCAGUUGCAAGAGAAAAUCAAAUCCAAAAAACCGGACCACCACACGGGUAAUACAAUUCGUACCAAUAUCUGGUUGUAUGCUCCAUCCAUAGUCGUAUAUCUGAUAACAGUUUAUAGUGCCCGUACCUUUAAAACCGACGUGGAAAGCUUCAGAUUCACUGCACUUCUCAUGGGAGGGACGUUUCUGUUGUUCAUCUUCGGCUGUUUGUGGUACAGACGCGAAAAACUACCCGCAGAGAGCAAUCUACGAAAGAUUCAAAGAAUCUGCAAAGCUGGUUUACGUAAACGAAAAUCAGAAUUCCCAGCAUCAGGAGAUUGUUAUUACUGGAAGGAUUACAAGCAGGACCAUUUGUAUAAGCAUGGUGAAGGAGUAAGGUUAUUGCCGCGAGUUCCAAGGCAGUUCAGGUGGUUGGACAAAGCAGCUAUAGUCAAAGCAGAAGAUCCUGAAGAAUUGAGUGCUGAGAUGCAAGAAAAGAAAGGAAACCUUUGCACCGUGAAGGAGGUGAGGGAAGUGAAGAGCCUUGUGCCUAUGAUUUACCUCUGCAUUGCCUUCUUUGCUUACAGUUUACUUUUGGCUUGUGGGAACACUUUCUUUAUUGCACAAUCGAACGCCGCGGAGAUAUCAUCACGAUUCAUCUGCUUUAUUAUCCGUGUUGCAUUUGGAUGCUUCUGGAAGUUUGAAGGUAUGGAAAGUGGUGGUGGUGGUAGGUUGAUGAGAAAAGCGGGAUAUAUUAUAAGGAUUGGUUUUGGCAUGUCUUGUGCGGUAAUUUGCGGUGUGGUAGCAUGGCAUGCUGAGGGUCGGAGGUUGUCGUUUAUAAAUGGGCAGCCACGACAGGGUGAUAGAAACUCGACAACGGCGGUGGUUCCGCAGUUUGCGUUGCUGGGAACGUCGGUGGGGCUUGUUGAAGGUGGGUUAGAGAGUUUGUUCGAAGCUCACGUAGCGAUGUCAAUGUGGGGUUAUAGGGAUUCGUUUAUUGAAUUGGUGUCUGGUGUUGGGCAACUUCUGAUUAUACCAUUUAUCUUCAGUAGCUGGGUCAAGACCACUGUGGAAGAUAGCCGUUUGGAUAAACUGUAUCUGAUGUUGGCGAUUUUGAACGGCAUUUUCCUUUUGGGUUUCGGAUACUACUCCGUUAGAUAUGCAUACUGGGAAGAAUAUCCAGAGGAUGAAAAAGCUCCGGUGGAGGGAAGAUCGGAAAAUGUUCCUCGACCACACUCUGAGGAUUCUUUUUCCAGAAUAUAA